AUGGACAGGAAUAUGAACAGCGUUUUUCACCUCUUACUUGUUUUGGAUUUCGAGCAACAGAAGGCCAUUGUGAAUGAAGUAAAAUUAUCACAGAAGAACGACAGGCAGAUCAAGCAACAGAAGGGCAAAGUAUCUACUUGGAUAUUUUCUUUUCAAUCUGUACAGUGUAAAGCUCAGCUGAUAAAAUGGGGGGUCUUGCAAUAUUGUGUGAUCAGACCAUUGACAACUCUUGUUGCCAUUAUCCUCAAUUACGUUGAACUGUAUUUUACUGUUGCAAUGUACUGUCUUAUACAGCUAUAUAUUUCUUUGGCCAGCAAUCUGGCACUCAAAAAACCAUUGUUCAAGUUGUUUGCUGUCAAAGCUGUUGUAUCUCUGACAUUCUGGCAAGAGACUUUUCUUUCUUUGUUGCAAGAUUUUAAUGUUAUCAAGAAUCUAAUCUGA